UCAUUUUAAUUUACGCAUGCGUUGUUCAUGUCAACACGCACCAUGGAAGGGGAAACACAACCACCAAGUGUUCCCAAUUCUCAAGGAGAUCACUUAAGAACUGAUGAUAAACCCCGAUAUGACUGGGUUGACAUCACAGAUGAAUUCAUGUCAUCAGCUUCAGAACUCCAAAUGGGGGAACUUCUCCAUGACACAGGAUUUGGAUUGUUUGAAGCCAUGUCAGCCAUUGAGAUGAUGGAUCCAAAGAUGGAUGCUGGUAUGAUGUGCAAUCAGAUACAGAGAAAAGUUCUGACCUUUGACCUGGCUUUAGAGAGUGGGGCCAUUAAAAUAAAAGACCUGACUAUUCCAGAACUGAUAGGUAUCAUGGACACAUCCCUGGCUUGUUUGGCCACAUGGUUGGAGGGUCAUUCCUUGGCCCAGACAGUGUUUACCAAUCUGUACCUACAUAAUCCCUAUGUAAUUGAGGACAAAUGUUUAAAGGCAUUCAGCAUCCUAAUGCUGAAACUAGUGGACCACAUCAGGGACAGGGUGAAUAGGGCUGGUGUCUUUGAAGAGGAGGACUUUCAAAGUAUGACAUACGGUUUUAAGAUGGCUGCUGAUGUCACAGAUACCAGAGCAACAGGGAUGAUGAAAGAAGUGGAGGAUGACCUUAACAGAACUCUCAAGAUGACUAGAAGUAAAGUGGGAGAGGAAAGAGAUGCAGAGACGGAACAAGAGCAUGAGAGGUGCAAUGCCUUGUUUUCAAGAGUGAAGUUCUUCAGGCUGUUUUUUAUGACUUUGUUAUCAUUCAGUAAAGAGAAGUGUGAAGGAAUUCCUCAGGCUCAGAAGUUGAUUGGUCAGCUUCUAGAACUCUUGCCCACCAUCAGGGACACCAUUUGUAUGGGCAUUCAGCCAGAUAAUAAGGAAGUGGGCAAGAAUGAUUACCCAACCAUCUUGGGUUUUGAGCCACUUGUCAAUCAGAGAUUGCUACCCCCCACGUUUCCCCGCUACACCGUGAUUCGGAGUCGUGAGGAGGCCCUACACCACAUCGAGGGUCUGCUGUACCGCCUCCAGAUUGUUACCACUGUCCCAGAACUCACUACUUUCCAUAUCAUCAUGGAAGCUUUUCAGGAGUUCAGUAAAUCAUCUCCUUGUGUUUUAUCUAGGUCCAUUUUACAGUUAACACUGCUUCCUUUGAACAAACGAGUGUUUGGUGUACACACCAUGGUGGAUUUCCUGAAAGACACAAUCAGGAACUUCAUUGCACCUCCAGUGCUGAGUCAAAAGUCAGCACUCUACAAUAACGCCCAGGCCAAGCAGUAUGUGGACGCUUGGUUUGUACAGACUGUUUGCCCAUUUACUGCCCUUGUCCAGAUAACUGGGCACAACCGGGCACGACAGAGGGAUAAAUGGGCACACAUUCUUGAAGAUCUGUCUGCACUACAAGAGGAGGCAGACAAAGUGGAUGCUUGCCUCCAUCAGAUUCUGAUAAAGAUGGAGCCUAAUCGCCAACACAUUGCCUGCCUAGGGAAUUGGGUCCUGUACCACACUCUGCAGGCCAUGAUCAGCUACCUGCUAGCUGGGUUUGAGCUGGAGUUGUAUGCUACUUAUGAGUAUCACUAUGUUUACUGGUAUCUGUAUGAAAUGUUAUUCUCCUGGUUGAUCAACACUCUACACAGAGCGGACAACUUCUUGUUAGAAAAUGAAACCAUGGCAGAUAGCCAACAGAAGGGGAGAAGUAACAAGAAAAACAAGAAAAGAAAGAGAAUCAAAACACUGAACAAAGAGAUUACCCUUGCUCAGGCUGGACAGCAGAUGUUUGGCGGGUAUUAUAAGGCUGUGAUGGGAUUUCAUUUGGAUGGUAAGAUGCAGCAGCCAGAAUUUCAGUUUGACAAUGAGGAGGUCCGAUACUCACAUCGCUUUCAACCCUUUACCAAUGUUUCAACGCCUCCAUAUAUACACUAUACUCAGUACAAGGAGAUGUCUGAUCUGAAGCGAUAUGAACCAGAUGCCACUGCUAUUAAUCUGUAUGGGGCUUCCUGUAAAUGUUUCCAUCAGGCUAAAGUUUUACUGGAGAGCUUCCACAAUCCCUCUGAUGAGGUACAAGCAAUGAUCAAGGUGGCUAAAGUAAAUUUUGUAGUGAUGAAAAUUUUAAUGGGAGGGCACAAGCAAGAUUCACAGGAUCCUCCAAUAUUUGACUUCUCUAUACACCCAGUAUAUCCAACUAUUAAGAUGGUGUAGCAGGUCAAAAGAUUCCCCCCUAGUCAUGUGACAGGAAGUCUGAUGUCAGAGAGAAGUAGGAAGUGAGUUAUGGUGGGAAACUGUAGGAGGAAUUCCAUUGACAUUUAUUGUGUGUUUUGUGGUGAACAUGAGUGAAUGAUAGUGUGUAAAGUAAUAAAAGAUGGCAAUGAAUCUG